AUGUUUCUUUACCUGAACCAGUCACUGAAGAAACAUUCAGAGAACAACGCGAGCAAGCAGCAGACCUUGUCGAGUUCGCGAGGCGAAGAGGAGUGGUUGAAAGAGACUCUUGGUGGAGAAAUCAAGACCCUCUCGAUGGAGAACGAGCUGAACGAAGCCGAAACAAAAUGGGAGAAGCUCUUUGCACUACUCAAGAUGGCGAUGGAAGCUUAUGAGUUCAACCAACCUGCAAUCACGCCCGAUACGCGGGAAAAGCUGGGACUAAUGUUCUACAACAUAGUGGUCCGAAAGGAGUACGAAGUGCAGCAAGAGGAGUUGCGCAAGGCAUUGUGGCCUUGA